AUGUACCCGCCUUCGUACAUCAAAUUGUUGUCGUCACGCACAACGGUCCCGUACAUUCAUCUACCGUCCGAACCUGGUGCUGACCCGAGACUUAUCAUCCUCGCUUCUGAUGAUGACCUUUCACGGCCCAAGUCAUCGCGCGGCCGGCCGGUCGACAGCACGUAUUCCUCCUUCGACUCGAAGCGGCACUUUAUGACCACGCACGGAAUCACAUGCAGCGUCAUCAGCCUCGCCAACCCGUGGCUGGACUUUCUGGACCCAUCUUCCGCACUCUCCACGGCCCAAGAGAUCAACGACGACCUCGAGAAGGCGUGCGCCGAGAAUAACAACUCUUCGGCGGCCCACAAAGGCGUGAAGCUCUACGCUUUUGGCUGUCUCCCGUUGUCCGCGCCGGCAAAGGACAUUGUGUCUGAGAUCCGGCGUCUCAAGACCCUCCCGCACGUCAAGGGCGUCAUCAUGGGCACGACUGGCUUGGGAAACGGCCUGGACGAUCCCGCCUUGGACGAUGUCUACGCGGCACUCGCCAGCACGUCGACGCUGGUAUUUUUGCAUCCGCACUACGGCUUACCCGACUCUGCUUUCGGCGGACCCGACGUGAUCGCACGCUCCGGGCAUGUCCUCCCUCUCGCCCUGGGAUUUCCUCUCGAGACCACGAUCGCCGUGUCGAGAAUGUACCUCUCCGGCGUGUUCGACCGUCACCCUAAGCUCGAGUUCCUGCUUGCGCAUUCUGGGGGCACGUUGCCGUUCCUGGCAGGCCGGAUCGAAUCGUGCGUCGCGCACGAGCGGGAGUUCAUCGCGAAUGGGGGCCACAAGCAAGGACCGCAGCGGUCAAUUUGGGACGUCCUGCAUUCCAAUAUCUUCCUCGACGCGGUGAUAUAUGGACAACCGGGGCUUAAGGCCGCGAUUGAGGCGGCCGGAAGUGUGGAUCGAGUCAUGUUCGGUACGGAUCAUCCUUUCUUUCCACCGUUGGGGGAUGAAAAGGAUAGCAAGUGGCUGAGCGUAGAGAGUAACAAGGCCGCGAUUGACGGGUGCUUGCCUCAAGACCAGGAUGCUAGAAGGAAGAUCUUGGGUGGAAACGCAGUGAGAGUACUCGGACUAGAUUUAUGA